AUGAUUUAUUCUCCACCUCGUCAAGCGAAUUUUUUUAUGAUAUUCUCUCAUGGAAAUGGUUGUGAUAUUGGUACUAUGGAUACAUUCAUGAAAAUUUUAUCUGACGAACUUAAUACUCAUAUACUUAUUUUUGAAUAUCCUUCCUAUGGAUUAUGUCAAGGAUCAGUCGAUAUAAAUAAAACAACAGUUAAUAAUCAUGCUGAACGUGCGUAUUCAUUUGUUCAUGAAACACUUCAUUGGCCAACUGAUAAAAUUCUUAUGUAUGGUCAUUCAAUUGGAACUGGACCAGCAUGUCAUAUUGCAUCAACAAAACCUAUUGGUGGACUUAUUCUUCAAUCACCAUAUACAUCAAUUCAAAAUGUUAUUACAGGACUAAUUGGUUUUCCAGGAUAUUUAUUUGGUAAUUCAUAUUGGAAUAAUCUUGAAACAAUGAAAUAUAUUAAUUGUCCAACAUUAUUUAUACAUGGUGAACGUGAUGGUUUAAUUCCAUCAGAACAUUCAAAAACAUUAUAUAAUUCAUUAGGUCAUAUUGAAAACAAACAAAUAAUCUUACUUCCAGAUGAUGAUCAUAAUUCGAUAUCAUAUACAAUGUCUUCAUCAUGUGUAAAAUCAUUUCUCAAACAAUUUUUUCCACCGUCAAAUCAAUUAUUACCUGAAAUAAAUAUAGAUCCUGAAUUCCGAGUACCACCAGAAACAAUACAAACUUCAUCAUCUAUAUUCUCCUAUAAUCCAUUCACAUCUCUAUUCAAUCUUUCCACAGUAUCAAUCAAUGCUACACAAUCUGUAUACAAUUCUAUGUUUUCAAAUCAAUACAACAAUCAAUAA